AAAAGGGCAGACCCAGCUGAGGAGAAAAGCAGGACGGCUGCCGGGCCGAAAAGCACGAGGGGCGACCGGGAACAGUGUCUGCUUUCUUUCAGAUCUUGAAUUAAUUCCAACAUGGCAGAGUACGGGAUCUCUCUCGGUGAACAAGUGGCUGUGGUUUGCGAUAGUUACGCCUCUCCCGAGGCACUCCAGAAAUUUGUCCAGGAUGUUCAAGCAGUUAUUGGAGCUGAAAGUCAUAUUUCUGUAGAAAACGUCAAUCAGCUGCUUUACUCGUCCCACAAAGAGUCCAGCUUUGAUGUGGUUCUAUCGGGGCUGGUUCCUGGCAGUCUAACGCAGCACAGUGCAGAGGUGCUUGCUGAAAUAGCUCGGAUUGUGAAGCCUGGAGGUCGUGUCCUUUUGAAAGAAGCAGUGACCACCGAAGCAGGUAAUGACAAACUCAAGACAGUAAGCAAACUACAAACAAUCGCAACACUCUCUGGAUUGGUUGAAGUAAAAGAGCUGCAGAAGGACGCUUUAAGCUCAGAACAAAUUCAGGCUAUCCAGAAGCAUCUGGAUCUGCAAUGCAAUGAAAUUCUUGCAGUUCAGUUAGAAGGCAAAAAGCCUAAUUUUGAGGUUGGAUCUGCAAGUCAGCUCAAGCUUUCCACUGUCAAGAAAUCAACAACUGAAAAACCAAAGGUGGAUCCCACGGCUGCAAAACUCUGGACUCUUUCAGCCAACGACAUGGAUGAUGAGGACGUGGAUCUCCUGGAUUCAGAUGAGCUUCUGGUUCCUGAGGAUUUGAAAAAGCCAGAUCCAGCAUCUCUCAAAGCACCUACUUGUAAGGAAUCUGGAAAGAGGAAAGCCUGUAAGAAUUGCACCUGCGGCCUUGCUGAAGAACUAGAGCAGGAGGAGAGAAGCGCACAGCCAAAGUCUGCCUGUGGCAAUUGCUACCUGGGGGACGCCUUCCGCUGCGCCAGCUGCCCUUACCGAGGCAUGCCAGCCUUUAAGCCUGGUGAGAAAAUCCUCCUGAGCGAAAACAACCUUCAGGAUUCCUGAAAGAAGAGCAGCAACUCACAGCUUCCUGGGUGGUGCUUCAUGGUUUGGACACAACAGGCAGUUUCUCUAAUAAAGAGGAAGGAAGCCUGGACUUGGUGGGGGAUUCAAACAAAUAGGUGGACCAACGCGGGCUGUGUUCCAGACUCCCUUCUCAGUUGGGAUCGCUUUCAGGACUCCUCGCUUUCCACCCCUUGAUUGUCAUUUCUUUGAAAAGUUUGCCUCUAGAUUUUGGCUGUUGUCACACGCCCUGCAGACAAAAAGGUCUGGCUAGUAAUCAGCAUCAGCCCUGGAGCUACCCAGAAUUUAAGAGUGCAACCUUAUCUUACUGGGCCAUUUACUUUGCCUACAGAAUGCGGCUUUGUCAAACCCCAAACAGUGGGUCGGGGUGGGUGGUGUUGGCUUCUACUCAAAACUGCACAGUAUGUCUUCAUUCCCAGUUUUGUGCCAACGAGAGGAUGGGAGGAGUCAAAAUUAAACUUCUGAAACUCUG